AUUUAAAGAGCCAAUCAAAAUAAAGAAAAGAGUUACAAAGGUCUAAUGUUUUUUCUAUGCGAACUGAUUUACUUGUAUAUUAUUUGUGUCAUUUUGAUUUUUCCGAUACGUUUAGGAUAAAUGGUGGCUAUUGGAUCGGGCUUCAGAGACCACAGGAAGUGGGUACGCAGAUAUAUUAUAAUGAUAAUAGAGGUAGCAGUGGAAGUAGAAGCAAUGGUAGUAGUGGUAAAAGUGAAAAGAGUGAUACAAGCGGAAGUAAAGAAUCAGGGAGUGACAAAAGUGAAAAUAGCAAAGAAAGUAGCGGAAGUAAAGAAUCAGGGAGUGACAAAAGUGAAAAUAGCAAAGAAAGUAGCGGAAGUAAAGAAUCGGGGAGUGACAAAAGUGAAAAUAGCAAAGAAAGUAGCGGAAGUAAAGAAUCUGGCAGUAACAAAAGUGAAAAGAACAAAGAAGAGAGUGGCCAAAAUGCUGAUAGAAAAAGGAAAAAAAGAAGUUUGGAUGAUAGCAGAAGCAAAAGUGGUAGCGGCGAUAAAAGCAAGAGUGGCAACGGGGACAACAGCAAAAGUGGCAGCAGCGACAAAAGCAAGAGUGGCAGCGGUGACAACAGCAAGAGUGGCAGCAGCGACAAAAGCAAGAGUGGCAGCGGUGACAACAGCAAGAGUGGCAGCGGUGACAAAAGCAAAGUGAGUGAAGGAAGACCGAUUAAUAUGCCUGAUGAUAUAGAAAAUUGGUUUGUCUGGCGUUUGCCUGGGAAAAACGACCUUCCCCUAGAUGAAUGGCAACACUGGGGACCUAAUGAGGUAAG